CACAUUGCGGGCGGAAAGCUACAAGGUUUAAUCGAACGCCGUGAUCGGAGACACUGAAAUACGCUCCCAGCUAACAGCGGGCGGAGAGGGACGUGUGAGAAGUGCAAUCGUGUAUCCCCGGCUCAAACGCGAGCCACAGCAAUCGGCGAGCUGCCGACCACUCUUACGACUCCUGCUCGGGUAGCGUAUUCCUCGCCACUCGUGUAUCCGAUUCGAUUCCUUUUUAGGGCCCCAACUCCUUUCCUUCCUUGCGAGGGGCAAAAUUGUAGGCUGCGGCACGUGGCGGAACCGGAAGCAGAAGGGCGAACUAUUGAUCAUCAAUGGAGGCGUUCUCCUGUUGCUUUUGUAGAGCCGCCCCUCCGAUGGCCUCCCUCGCCGUCGACCUUCAACCCUCGUCCAUUCUCUGCAACCGGACGAUCGAUCCGUCCUCGUUUCGCCUCCGUCGGACCUCCCUUUCUUCCUUCCCUUCUCCCCCCAUCCCCUUCCUCGUCAGCUGCAGCAGCACCGCUCCUUGCCCCCCUUCGUCCAAUCCUUCGCUCAGGAGAACAACUAAUAGUAGCGGUGCCAAGAAAAAGAAAAGCAACUGCGCCCCGCCGCCGCAGAAGCCGGUUGUCGCCGCAAAAUGGCGGGUGGAGGAUUGCGUGCCUUCCGUGGAGGAGGCGUCCAUCAGCGUCCGGAAUGUCUACCAGAAUGGGGACCCGCUCGGGCGCAAGGAAUUGGGUAAGUGCGUGGUUCGAUGGAUCAGUCAGGGAAUGCGUUCCAUGGCCUCUGACUUCGCCUCGGCGGAGGUCCAGGGCGAGUUUUCGGAGCUCAGGCAGCGGAUGGGGGUCGCUACCGCGGCUGACGGUGGUGGUGGAGGGCCAGCCGUUCAUGGUCUCGCCUUCGUCAUCCAGGCUCAGCCGCACCUCUAUGCUGUGCCGAUGCCCAAAGGGCUUGAGGCUCUAUGCUUCAAGGCAUGCGCACACUACCCGACCCUCUUUGACCACUUCCAGCGCGAGCUCCGAGAUGUCCUGCAAGACCUCCAACGACGGGAUAUCUUCAGUGAUUGGCGUGCUACUGAGUCUUGGAAGCUCCUAAAAGACAUUGCAAAUUCAGCACAGCAUCGUGCAGCUGUUCGGAAGACACCUCAAUCCAGGCCUGUCCAUAGUGGUUUGGGGAUGGAGUUACAAAAGGCUAAAGCAAUACAAGCCAAAAUUGAGAACUUUGUCAAGCACAUGUCUGAACUUCUUCUAAUAGAGCGUGAUGCAGAAUUGGAGUUUACCCAAGAGGAACUGAAUGCUGUACCUAUGCCAGAUGAAAACAUUGAUGCUCCAAUCGAGUAUCUAGUUAGUCAUGGGCAGGCCCAGCAAGAGCAGUGUGAUACUUUAUGCAAUUUGAGUGCAAUUAGUUCUUCUACUGGAUUAGGUGGAAUGCAUUUGGUCCUUUUUAAAGUUGAAGGAAACCAUAGGCUGCCACCAACAACUCUCUCUCCAGGGGAUACUGUUUGUGUCAGAACAUGUAAUCAUAGGGGUGAAGGUGCAACCUCUUGCAUGCAGGGUUUUGUGAACAACUUAGGCGAAGAUGGAUGUAGUAUCACUUUGGCUCUAGAAUCUCGCCACGGUGACCCCACCUUCUCUAAGCUAUUUGGGAAAAAUGUGCGCAUUGACCGGAUUCAAGGAUUAGCUGAUGCAUUGACAUAUGAGCGUAAUUGUGAAGCAUUAAUGCUCCUUCAGAAGAAUGGUUUACACAAGAAAAAUGCCUCAAUCACGAUAGUUGCUACUCUAUUUGGAGACACGGAAGAUAUCAUGUGGCUAGAGCAGAAUAAUCUUAUUGAAUGGUCUCCAGCAACCCUUGAUGGAUUGGUAGAAGGUAGAUUUGAUGAAUCUCAACUAAAAGCUAUUGCCUUGGGCUUGAACAAAAAGCGGCCGCUUUUAGUGAUCCAAGGGCCUCCUGGUACGGGCAAAACUGGAUUGCUCAAGGAGCUCAUCGCCCUUGCAGUUCAACAAGGUGAGCGUGUACUUGUGACAGCUCCUACUAACGCAGCUGUGGACAAUAUGGUAGAAAAACUCUUGGACACUGGAUUGAACAUAGUUCGUGUUGGGAACCCUGCUCGAAUUUCUACUGCUGUAUCAUCAAAAUCUUUAGGGGAGAUAGUUGAUGAUAAACUUGCAUCAUUCAAAAAGGAAUUUGAGAGGAAAAAAUCAGAUCUAAGAAAGGAUCUUAGGCUUUGUUUGAAGGAUGAUUCACUUGCAGCAGGUAUACGCCAACUGCUGAAGCAACUUGGAAAGAAUUUGAAGAAGAAAGAAAAGGAUACUAUAAGGGAAGUUCUUUCAAGUGCUGAAGUUGUACUUGCCACUAAUACUGGAGCAGCUGAUCCCCUCAUCCGAAGACUGGGAGUGUUUGAUCUUGUAAUUGUUGAUGAGGCCGGGCAAGCAAUCGAACCAUCUUGUUGGAUCCCAAUCCUGCAAGGAAAGCGUUGCAUCUUAGCUGGUGACCAGUGUCAACUUGCACCAGUAAUUUUGUCUAGAAAGGCCCUGGAGGGUGGUCUUGGUAUAUCACUUAUGGAAAGAGCAUCAACUUUGCAUAAAGGUAUGCUAACAACCAAGUUGAUGAUUCAAUACAGGAUGCAUGAUGCAAUCGCCAGCUGGGCAUCAAAAGAGAUGUAUGGUGGGUUGCUGAAAUCUUCCCCAUUGGUUUCCUCACAUCUUCUUGUUGAUUCUCCUUUCGUCAAGAUUACAUGGAUAACUCAGUGCCCACUUCUCUUGCUUGAUACACGGAUGCCAUAUGGAAGUUUAUCUAUUGGCUGUGAGGAGCAUUUGGACCCUGCUGGCACAGGUUCCUUUUACAAUGAAGGAGAAGCAGACAUUGUUGUCCAGCACAUCUUCAACCUUAUAUACUCUGGAGUUACUCCAUCGGCUAUUGCUGUGCAAUCACCUUACAUUGCGCAGGUCCAGCUUCUGAGGGAUAGGCUUUCCACAUAUCCAGAAACUUCUGCUGUUGAAGUUGCGACUAUAGAUAGUUUUCAAGGGCGGGAAGCAGAUGCUGUGAUUAUUUCAAUGGUCCGGUCCAACACAUUAAGUGCAGUUGGAUUUCUAGGAGAUAGCAGGCGAAUGAAUGUUGCAAUAACAAGGGCACGCAAACAUGUUGCCGUCGUGUGCGACAGCUCCACCAUUUGCCAUAACACCUUCUUGGCCAGACUCCUCCGUCACAUUCGACGUGCAGGCAGGGUGAAACAGGCUGAGCCUGGGUCUUCCGAGGGACCGGGAUUGAGCACAACUCCCCUAUUUCCCUCCAUUAGUUAACUAAUGAAUCAUCCACCUCCUGUACACCCUAUUCUUUUCUCAACCACAGUCAAAAUCUAUCAUUCCUACUCAUCAUUCUGAUGCUACUUUUGAUGUAAAUAUUCUUAUCAAGUGUUAGGUGGAAAGUAAAAGAAUAGCAUUCCUUGCACAAAAUAAUCACAUUGUAAUUACUAACCAGGACGACUCAUUUUUUCAUGACUAACAAAAUUUAGAGAU